CUCUCUUUCCAAGCAAAUGCAGCUCCAAAUGUCCGGCCAAGGUGGAUUCCGCUUUCGCUCAAUUAUCGUCCACUCUCUCUGGAUCACCAUCAUUGGCAUAUUCCUCUUCCGGCUGGCCACAGCCAACACCCAAGAAGUUAUCUACAUCCAAAUUUUCUCCAUAUCUGGUGUAGUCCUAGCCACUUCUCCUUGGAUCAUUCAGCUUCUUGUUUCAACAGCAAUCAUUUUCUUAUACAGGACCAAAUGUUAUGAUCUUACCUGGCUCCUCAGAUUGCCGUCUGAGGAGGGUUCUUGUUGCCAAGGUUCAAGGGCCGUUGAUGAAGGUUCUAGCACGCAGGUUUGGGUUAUUAAUGGCAAUGCACAAGGAAUAGUUGAUGGGCAUGAAGAGACAAAAGUGAUUAAUGGUUUAGGCAUGCAGCUGCACAUUGAUGGGAGAAGUGGCCCGCGCUUACAGCGAAGCAGAACUGUUUAAUAACAAGCUAUUCUAUUGCCUUUUUCUAGUUUCUGAUGCUUGAUUUUCAUCCUUUACUUUUGUUCUUUUGUCGGGUCUAAAAUUUCCAUCGGUCGUUCCAUCUA